GCCAUAGACACAAGCCCUCUCAGUGUCUAUGUUAUGCACCCAUUUUGGAACAAGGUGGUGGAGAUAGUACCAAGAUGGGUAGCACCCAACGUCCUGACCUUCGCUGGGUUUCUCCUAACAGUCCUGGACUUCUUACUCCUGUCCUACUACGAUUACAACUACUUAGCGGCGACUUCGAUCAAUGGAACUACCGUGAACGCGCCGACGAAUGGACAUAGUGAAGUUGUACCGCAGUCUCUGUGGAGUGUGUUGGCUGUCUUUCUUUUCCUUGCUUAUACGUUGGACGGUAUCGACGGCAAGCAAGCCCGCCGUACGCAGACUUCGGGCCCCCUUGGCGAGCUGUUCGACCACGGGCUGGAUUCGUACUCCGUGUUCUUCAUCCCAGCAUGUCUAUAUUCCAUAGUCGGAAGACUGGAUUUCUCCAUAUCGCCGUUACGAAUGUAUUACGUGUUGUGGAACAUCCUUUUCAACUUCUACUUGAGCCAUUGGGAGAAAUACAACACUGGUGUACUCUUCUUGCCUUGGGGAUAUGAUUUUAGCAUGUGGGCGUCCACGUUUUUCUUCCUAUGGACAGGAAUUAAAGGGACUGGGUACUAUAAGCGCUAUAUGUUCGGCAGCUACACGCUCGCCAACGGAUUCGAGUGGCUCAUAUACGCUACGGGCUUUCUUACUAAUCUACCUGUAGCCAUUUACAACACCCACAAAUCUUACAAACUGCGUACAGGCAAAAUGCGUUCAGCGACAGAAGCCAUAAGGCCGCUAUGGCCGCUUCUCACCGUGUUCGUCGUGCUCAACGUGUGGGUGCAUAAAUCUGACACUCUGGUUGAAUAUGACCCCAGAAUGUUGUUUCUACUCAUCGGCACUGUGUUUAGUAAUGUUGCUUGCCGAUUGAUAGUGGCUCAGAUGAGCAGUCAGCGCUGCGAUGCGGUGAACUGGCUGCUGUGGCCCCUGCUGGCCGGGGCCCUGGGAGCGCUGGCUGCGCCGCGCUUUGAACCCGCCAUCUUCUACGCCCUCACUGCGCUGACUGUCGCCGCGCACCUACACUACGGAACUUGCGUGGUCCGCCAGAUGUGUGAUCAUUUCCGAAUAAGCUGUUUCUACAUAAAACAACGCAGCGAUUGACUCUUACAAGACAACGCGUUCUAGGUGACAUAACAUUAUGAGACAUAAUUUAUAAUUAUGACAAACAUUAUAACGUUUAACACGUGUUAUAAUUAUGACAACAUUAUUGUACUUGCUAGACAUAUCUACAGGGCCGGACUAUGUUAUUUUUUUAGUGUAGUUAUUGGGAUGGAUUAGUAGUUGGUUUAAUUAUUUUUACCUUACGAAUAAUAGUACAUAUUCUCCCUUACUUACGAAACUUUACUUAGAUUAUGGAACAUUUAUAUUUUAUUUAAUUGUUUAUUGCACAGGAAAACUCAAAUCACAUUUAGUAAAACGGAAAACGCGAACAUAAACAAAGACGUAUACGCAAGUACGCUUGGUGCGUAUUACAUUCAAGACAAAAAAGGGCUGCGAUGUUGAAGUUGUGUUGUACGUUAAUAAGCUGCUACUGCUGUGAAAGAGUUGUUCCAGGGAAGUACAGCCACCUCACUUAUUUCUACCGCCUAUUAGUAAUGUAAAUAUUAUUGCGUUCCGGUUUUGAUGGGCAUGUGCUGGUGAAAUUACAGGCAUAUGUGAUUUGUCAAGUUAUCGACUGUGAACUGACAACCGGCACUA